UUGCGCCACAUUGUAUGCAUUCUAUCUUAUGCCAAACAUUCCUGUGAAGGGAUUUUGCCUGCCCAGGUGACGCUUAGUCCAUCUCAGGAAAAUCGCUACAUCGAGUAUCGUCGAUUCUGCAAUCUAUCUGUACCUGAAACCUGGGAAGAGUUGGCAGCGGAUAUUCCGGAUGGUUCCGUGCGUGCCAAACUCAGAUCUCUCUAUGGUCAUCCAGCAAAUAUCGAUCUGUGGGUUGGAGGAGUAGCCGAGAAACGCUUACCGGAUGCUUUGAUGGGUCCUACAUUUGCUUGCAUCAUCGGAGAUCAGUUCAGACGACUUCGGGACGGGGAUCGAUUUUGGUACGAAAACGAUGGCAUCUUCACCAAACUACAACUACAACAAAUCAAAAAAGCUUCCUUAGCUCGCCUAUUGUGUGAUAAUGGAGAUAACAUUGAUCGAGUGCAACCUAAUGUGUUCUUCUAUCCGGGCAACUCAACAAAGUUCUAUGGGAAGUGUGAGAAUAUCCCGGAACUUAAUCUGAAUAUGUGGAUGAACUGCUGCGAUUCGUCGUGUACUACGUUGCCGCCCCCGGGAAAAAUUUUUAAGUCAAAAAGCGGUUAUAGUACUCUAACCCUUCAUGCAUUACAUCCGAUUUCUUGGAACAAUCCUCUCAAUAAAUAAUG